GAACAUGGCGGCGGGCGGCCGGGGCCGGCCGAGGUUUGUUGUUGGUGCCGUGUUGUUACCCCUCGUCCUCGCAGUGCUGCUGGGUCCGGCCGCCGCUAUCUCGUCCUUGCCCUGGGCGGGCAGCCCCGGCGAGCCGCGGAGCCGCGUGCAAGUGCUGGGCGGCUCCAACUGGAGCCUGGUGUUGCAGGGCCAGUGGAUGUUGGAGUUCUAUGCUCCUUGGUGUUCAGCUUGUCGGCAGAUUGAACUGACAUGGGAGAAUUUUGCAAGGGAAAGCGAACAUCUAGAUAUCACUGUUGGAAAGGUGGAUGUCACUCAAGAGCCAGGCUUGAGUGGUCGUUUCUUUAUCACAACACUUCCUACAAUUUAUCAUGCCAAUGAUGGAGUAUUUCGCAGAUACCGAGGCUCACGGACAUUGGAAGAUCUUCAAAGUUAUGUUUUAGAGAGAAAAUGGGAAGCUGUGGAGCCUGUGGCAGGAUGGAAGUCUCCGUCUUCUAUAAUGAUGCAUGGCAUGGCAGGGCUAUUUCACCUCUCCGAAUAUAUCAGGCAAAUUCAUAGCUACUUCACUGGCACUCUUGGAAUGCAUGUUUGGAUGUCAUAUGCAGUCUUCGUCUUAGUUACUUUAUUGAUUGGCCUGUUCCUUGGUCUGAUGCUGGUUUUGAUUUCAGACUGCCUUUGCCCAUCCAAGUCAAGAUACAGCACUGAAACAUCUGAAGAAGCGAUUACGAAGGAUAAUGUGGAGAAUGCUGCGUUAGAAGAGCAGGAGGAGGCUGCAGAGCUUUCCGCAGAUGAUGCAGAAGGGAAUGCAGACGUAAAAGAUGUCUCGGAUGAAGAAGAUGCAGCAAAUUCAAGUGCUGAUGACUCACAGGAGGAUUUAGCACUUGGAAAAGAAUCGGGAGAAGAAAUUGAAGACAUAAGUGAACAGCCUUUAGCUGCUUCAGAGACUGAAAGCUCAGUAAGACAGCGUAAGAGUCAGGUGGCUGAUAAUGGACUAUAGGGUUUUUACGGUGGUGUAUUUUGUACACUUGGACCAAAGACAUAUCAGACCCUGGGUCUGAAGCUGAAGCUUACACUUGAUUUGUCAUUUGUGUUUACGCAAAACCUCUGUGGGUUACUUUUUAUUGUUUGGAGUUUGUUUCUUUUUAAAGCUAAUGCUUGCUUACUUUGUUUUUUAAGCACAGAUGCUGUGUGUUGUAUAACUUUAACCAUGACAAUCAAAAUAAGCGUAUCAUAUCUGUUUGAAGUCUUCUAAGAGAAAAGGGACGUAAGUCUCAGUUCACCAGCUGUAAAAUGGUCAUCUGUGCUUGUGUUCCUGUAAGCAUUGACCUAAGCAAGAUCAGGACUUGACUUUUUAACUCUUUACAGUAGCUUGUUGGACUGUUACUUUCCUGUCUGAAUGUUUAUUGUUUCCAAAUGCCACAGAAGCAUUAGAUAAGUGGUACAGUAGUGAAAGAAGGCACCUUACUAGUCUUCUAUUAAAUGUUGUGUACAGUGGGUUUAUUUUUAUCACUUUUAACUGAAGCACCUUUCUCUUUCAUUUUUAUGUUUGUUUUGGAAGUUCAUCAUGCAGUGUGCCCCCAGGUUUUCCAAUUGUUGGUAAUUCAGAGGCAUGCUGCACAGCUAGAGUUUGUCAGCCGAGUCUUUUGACCUAAGGAGUUUAAGUAAUUGAAAACCUCAGGCUCAGAAAGAAUGGCAGCUAAAUGUUUAAAACACAUUUGAACUUUUUAAAAGGCUUCAAGGAAAUGAUUUUGGUCAGGAGGGAUUUUUGCCAAAGCACAACUUUUUUCUUCCUUUUCCCCUUCAAGAGAUUGAAGCAAGAAAUACUCACUUUGCAUUGUGUAUUUCUUGCCAGUACAAGCUUAUCAUAUGCAGUGUAGUUCUGCCAUUUCCCACUCAGAAUACUUUGGGCAGAGCUCAAGCUGACUGCUUUAGUAAUAGUAACUGAAGAGGCAGUUAAGGUUUUAACCUUUAUUGCUAUUCUUUUUGCCACUGGAAUCAGCACAUUAGGAAAAGAGAGGGGUGCAGGUGGGCAGUGAGGAGAUGCUUUUUCUUCUUAUAUCAAGAUAAAUAUAUGUCUGUUGCACUGUUUACAAUGAAACCAGCUUGCAGGUAGAUGGCACUGGUCAUUAAAGCUAUCAGUAUUGCCCUCCUUUGACUUGAUUAAUCUAUAAGGCUUUGUUUUCCUGUAAGGAAUACGUACAGUGAGAUCCUGUACGUUUCUGUUUUGUUGAUGUGUGACUGCUUAAGAUGUGUCUUAAUUAAUUUUUAUAGUCUAUAUUGUGUAAACCUUGCUAACAUGCAUGAAUUUCAUCUUGCUCUGCAAGAGUAAUCAGAGGUGAGAUUGCCUCUCAUUAAAAGAGGCAAGUUGCAAGUGCAAAAAUGCUGGUUUCUUUUGAGACUGAAAUGAAUAAGGCCAAUUUGUGUUGAAAGUUCUGUUGUUCCUUUUUUCAGUGCCCAUAAAGAACAUAUUUCCUAAGA